AGAAUAGAACACACAACCCCACCGCCACCGGUUUUACGCAGAAACAGCGCGCUGAUAUCAGGAAAAUGUUCAUCCUCCAGAUCCACACCCUCGACACGCCCCGCCCCAUCUCCGAUUCCGCCGCCGCCAGUAGCUCCGCCGCACCAGGCCCAAAACCUAGCAACUCCGUCGAAAUUACUGAACUCAAAGGCGUAGUCCACCUCUUCCGCGACCUCUCCCCCUCCGCCACCUCCCUCACCAGCCCUAGCUCUCGCUCCACCACCCUCUUUGUCGCCGCCGUCCCCAACUACCUCUCCGCCUCCGACUUCCUCCUCUUCUGCGGCCACCACAUUGAGCACUUUUCCCAUCUCCGCUUUCUCAGGAACGAUGGCAUGGAGGAUCGGUAUAGUGUGUUGAUCACGCUGGUGAAUCAGUUGACUGCGGAUGGGUUUUACUGUAGCUUUAACGGGAAGAGGUUCCAGCCAUCUGAGGCCGAGAUCUGUCAUAUAUACUUUACCCAGUCGGUUUUGUGCUACGAGUUCGCUGAAGAAGCUGGUUCACCACCACCUGGAUUUGUCGAAUUGCCCACUUGUCCGGUUUGUCUUGAGAGACUGGACCAGGACACAAGUGGGAUACAGAGCACACUCUGCGAUCAUUCAUUUCAAUGCCCUUGCGUUUUGAAAUGGACCUAUUUGUCUUGCCAGGUCUGUCGGCUUUGUCAGCAGCAGGAUGAGAGACCAAGCUGCGCUAUUUGUGGAACAUUGAAGAAUUUGUGGGUUUGUGUGAUAUGUGGUUUUGUUGGUUGUGGAAGGUAUCAAGAGAGACAUGCUAUCAGACAUUGGAAGGACACACAGCAUUGCUACUCUCUUGAGUUAGAAACGCAGCAGGUUUGGGAUUAUGUUGGUGACAGCUAUGUUCACCGAUUGAACCAAUCAAAAAAUGAUGGCAAAUCAUUGACAAUGACGAACUCUGACUGUAUGUCAGUUCAUGGAGAUUGUGGUACUUGUGGAUGCAGUGAGGAUUCUGGAGUUAGUGGGGCACUUUUUGGCAGCAAAGUUGAAGCGAUUAUGGAUGAAUAUAACCAUCUUCUGGCGACCCAGAUGGAGACUCAAAGACAACAUUUUGAAUCACUACUCAUAGAGGCGAAAAGCAAAAUGGAGAGUUCCAUAGCUGAAGCAGUGGAGAAGGAAUUGGCUUCAAGGAUGCAGGAUAUCCAACAGAAACUGGAAAUCUGUCUUCAUGAAAAGAAGGUUGUUGCAAGUAUAAAUGAAGAUCUUAUGAAAAGACAAGAUGUCCUGCGUAAAUUGGUUAAGGAAAUUGAGGAGAGGGAAAUUUUGACCCUGAGGUCAAGAGAUGAAACGAUACUGGAUCUCGAAGAACAGAUUAGAGAUUUAAAGGUGUACAUUGAAGCCCAGAGAAAGCUUGCUACCAUGACAGAUGUAGAUGGUGUCAAAGGAGGAACACUUCUACCAGUACAAUCCAGUCCUCCCUCUCCUGGCGGGUCCAAAAGGCGAGCAAGACCGGGUGGUCGAAAACGUAACUAGUCCAUGCACAAAUUGCAAAUUGCUUCAAGUGGCCCAGUAGACUGCUAGGGUAGAUUACAUUUGGCCUUCCCACCAUCGUACAGAUACACCUAUUUCCCUCUCUCUCUGUCUAAACAAUCUGAUGAUGAUGCAAUGUGCAUGCCAAUUCUGGAGUCA